GGAGGGAUUGGCCGGGCGGCGGGGGGAGGCGGGCGGAGAACAUGGCGCCGGCGGGCGGCGCGUGCUGAGGCGAGCGGAGCCGGGCCGGGCGGCGGCGGGGAAAGGCGAGUGCUGGCGGCGGGGCCGCCAGGGAUAUGCGGCAGCGGCUGUUCCCUGUGCUGAGCCGGGCUCUGCCGGGCUGGACGCGCCCCUGGGCCGCUCCGGCCUCGCGCUCUUUCCCUCAGGGCCGGCGGCGCAGCUCUCUCGGGUUUCAAAAGGAGACAAACAACAAAAUGAACAAUCCAGCUAUUAAGAGAAUAACAAAUGAAAUUAUCAAAUCACCUGAAGAUAAACGAGAAUAUCGUGGACUGGAAUUGGCAAAUGGCAUUAAAGCUCUUCUCAUUAGUGACCCCACCACAGAUAAGUCCUCAGCAGCACUUGAUGUCCACAUAGGAUCAUUGUCCGAUCCCCCCAACAUUGCUGGGCUUAGUCAUUUUUGUGAGCAUAUGUUGUUCCUGGGAACCAAGAAAUAUCCAAAAGAAAAUGAGUACAGCCAAUUUCUAAGUGAGCAUGCUGGGAGCUCAAAUGCUUUCACGAGUGGAGAACAUACCAACUACUACUUUGAUGUGUCACAUGAACAUCUAGAAGGUGCACUGGAUAGAUUUGCCCAGUUUUUCCUGUGCCCCCUGUUUGAUGAAAGUUGCAAAGAUAGGGAAGUGAAUGCUGUUGAUUCUGAGCAUGAGAAGAAUCUGAUGAAUGAUGCCUGGAGGUUGUUUCAAUUGGAGAAGGCUACUGGAAACCCCAACCAUCCCUUCAGUAAAUUUGGAACAGGGAACAAAUUCACUCUGGAAACUAGACCAACCCAAGAAGGAAUAGAUGUAAGGCAAGAGCUACUGAAGUUCCAUUCUACUUAUUAUUCAUCAAAUUUAAUGGCUAUUUGUGUCUUAGGAAGAGAAUCCUUGGAUGAGCUGACUUGCUUAGUGGUAAAGCUAUUUUCAGAAGUAGAAAAUAAAAAUGUCCCUAUACCAGAGUUUCCUGAACAUCCUUUCCAAGAAGAGCAUCUCCGGCAACUUUACAAAGUGGUACCCAUUAAGGACAUUAGAAAUCUCUAUGUCACAUUUCCUAUACCAGACCUUCAGAAGUACUAUAAAUCAAACCCUGGCCAUUACCUUGGCCAUCUGAUUGGGCAUGAAGGCCCAGGGAGUCUUCUAUCAGAGCUUAAAGCCAAAGGAUGGGUAAAUACACUUGUUGGAGGCCAGAAGGAAGGUGCUAGAGGUUUCAUGUUUUUCAUCAUUAAUGUGGACUUGACUGAAGAAGGACUUUUGCAUGUUGAAGAUAUUAUUUUGCACAUGUUUCAAUAUAUUCAAAAACUACGUACAGAAGGACCUCAAGAAUGGGUUUUCCAAGAGUGCAAGGAUCUAAAUGCUGUGGCAUUCAGAUUUAAAGAUAAGGAACGACCACGAGGUUACACAUCAAAGCUUGGAGGAAUGUUGCAUUAUUAUCCUAUAGAAGAAGUACUGGCUGCUGAAUAUUUGCUUGAAGAAUUCAGGCCUGACUUAAUAGAGAUGGUACUGGAUAAAUUGAGACCAGAAAAUGUUCGAGUUGCAAUAGUUUCCAAGUCUUUUGAAGGAAAAACUGAUCGAACAGAGGAGUGGUAUGGAACACAAUACAAGCAAGAAGCAAUUUCUGAUGAAGUUAUUAAGAAAUGGCAAAAUGCUGACCUGAAUGGGAAAUUCAAGCUUCCAAUGAAGAACGAGUUUAUUCCUACAAACUUUGAGAUUUUACCAUUGGAAAAAGAUGCAACACAGUACCCUGCCCUAAUCAAGGACACUGCUAUGAGCAAACUAUGGUUCAAGCAAGAUGACAAAUUUUUUUUGCCAAAAGCUUGUCUCAACUUUGAAUUUUUCAGUCGCUACAUUUAUGCUGAUCCUCUCCAUUGCAACAUGACAUACCUGUUUAUCAGGUUAUUGAAGGAUGAUUUAAAAGAGUAUACAUAUGCAGCACGCCUCUCAGGUUUGGUCUAUGGCAUUGCAUCAGGAAUGAAUGCAAUACUUCUCUCCGUAAAAGGUUAUAAUGACAAGCAACAUAUAUUGCUCAAGAAGAUCAUUGAGAAAAUGGCUACUUUUGAGAUCGAUGAAAAGCGAUUUGAAAUUAUCAAGGAAGCGUACAUGAGAUCGCUUAACAACUUCAGGGCUGAACAGCCUCACCAGCACGCAAUGUAUUAUCUCCGACUCCUGAUGACAGAAGUUGCUUGGACCAAAGAUGAAUUAAAAGAAGCUCUAGAUGAUGUCACCCUUCCCCGUCUCAAGGCCUUCAUAGCACAGCUGUUGUCACGGUUACACAUCGAAGCUCUUCUCCAUGGCAAUAUAACAAAACAGGCUGCUUUAGGAAUUACACAGAUGGUUGAGGACACUCUCAUUGAGCAUGCUCAUACAAAGCCACUCCUUCCCAGUCAGCUAGUGAGGUACAGAGAAGUGCAACUUCCUGACAGAGGUUGGUUUGUAUAUCAACAGAGAAAUGAAGUUCAUAACAACUGUGGCAUUGAAAUAUAUUACCAGACAGACAUGCAGAGCACUUCUGAGAAUAUGUUUUUGGAGCUCUUUUGCCAGAUUAUCUCGGAGCCAUGCUUCAAUACCCUGCGCACCCAGGAGCAGCUAGGUUACAUUGUGUUCAGUGGCCCACGUCGGGCAAAUGGCAUCCAAGGACUGCGAUUUAUUAUCCAAUCUGAAAAGCCACCACACUAUUUAGAGAGCAGAGUUGAAGCGUUCUUAAAAACCAUGGAGAAAUGCAUAGAAGACAUGACAGAAGAGGCCUUCCAAAAACACAUCCAAGCUUUAGCAAUUCGUCGUCUAGACAAACCAAAGAAGCUGUCUGCAGAAUGUGCUAAAUACUGGGGAGAAAUCAUUUCCCAGCAGUAUAACUUUGACAGAGAUAACAUUGAAGUGGCUUAUCUAAAGACCCUGACCAAGGAUGACAUUAUACAGUUCUACAAGGUGCUGUUGGCAAUAGAUGCUCCCAGAAGACACAAGGUAUCAGUACAUGUCCUUGCAAGGGAAAUGGAUUCCUGCCCUGUUGUUGGAGAAUUUCCAUGCCAAAAUGAUGUGAACCUGGCACCAGCACCACCACUACCACAGCCAAGUGUGAUUGAAAAUAUGACAGAAUUCAAGCGCAGUCUACCGCUCUUCCCACUGGUGAAACCACAUAUCAAUUUCAUGGCUGCAAAACUGUGAAGAACCCCAAUGGAUGAAGAAAAGCAAAUGAUCAGUACUGACAUGGUUUCGGGGGACUUCAUGAUGAACAAAAUUAUUAAAUAUCAUUGGGAUAAAUGGUUCUGUUCAUUAUGAAAGUCCCAAAUUCCUUCUUGGUUCAUUUGACAUUAGCUGUGUGUUAGGGAUAGAGUAUAUAAAAAUCAGUUGUGGUCAUGUAUCAUUUAUAUUACAGACAACCUGUUAAAAACCAAAAUCAACUGACAUGAUAAUAAUAAAAAACUUGUAGAUGCAGUAUAUUUUUAAAAUAACAUAUCCCUUCAGAUUUUCAUUUUGAUGAAAUAACCCUCCAGAGCAAAAGAAGUUGCUUGAAAUGGGCUUGUUUCUCCUGAAAAACACCGUUUAGUAUCCCAAUAAUUACUUUAUUGGGAGUUGGAGGGGGUCAGAUAAGUAAGUCCUUUUUGGGAUGGGGUCAACAAUUUUUCUUAAAAAUAGAGACUUUCACAUUUUUUUGAAGUGACGUGUUGAAUGAUACUUUUUUAAUUGAUCCUUAAUGCAACCAACAUAUUUUCUAUUUAAGUUUUAUGAAGACCAGUGGGGCUGAAAAAAAGGAAAUUUGACAACACAGUAAUAGGUGAGAGAAUUGUGUUAAUGAGAAUAAUUGAAGAUAAGGGCAUGAUUUUAAUCUUUCUAUAUAAAUUUGGGGACAUUUUAUAUUAAAACUAGUAAAAUGCUGGAAACACUUUAUUAGUGCAUCUUAUUUUUGUUACCAAAAGUGUCAUCCCAGUCUCUUGAUACUGUCAACAUCCUGUUCAGUUUUACAGCAUUACUGUUAGCUGUCCAUUUGGUAUACCAAAUACUUUAUUUGGUGUCAUUUUUUGUUUUCAGUUGCAUAUGUGCUGAUGGAGAACUCAGUCUGUUUUGCCUCACCUGUUAUGUUGGGUCUCAGUCCAGCAAAGCACUCAUUAAUGCAAAUAACUUUAAACACACACUAGUUCUUUUCUCAAGAACAGGUGCAUGUCAAAUAGGGGCUCUCUAAUGAGUCAGAUGCAUUUACUAUUUUGAUAUGUGUAUGGGUCCUUCUUGUCCUUCAGGAAGGUGUUUGGGACAGUGCAGUGCUGGGGUAGCAGUGCCACAGCACAGCCUGUGCUUCAGGUUACAUCACAAAGUGUUUGCUCCUACUUCUGGGAAGAAGGCUGUGCAGAACUCAGAAGGAUCAAGAACUCUGCUGAAAUAAUGUUUAUAUAUGUAUAGAUACAUAUAUAUAUAUAUAUAUAUAUAUAUUCCAUAAUGUAGUAAAAUGAUAAUACAAUAUAAGGUGGCUCAUCCUCACCAACUUUACUGACUUCUGCAGAGUGGUCUUGUGCUUGGGACAGCACCCAAAUAGGACAAGGCGAGGAGUAUUAAGUUCUCCUACCUCUGUAGUACAUAAAGGAGAUGGCACUUACUCAGACAGGAGAGUAUGUAAAGCACUGAAGAUAUAAAAUCUGCUCAUCAGAGGUGUUAGUGAAAAUUUGCUUCUUACUAAAAGAGCCUGAAAGUAAUGCCCUGAUGUGACAAGCCUGUAUGUCAAGCAUCAGAAUCCUGGUAUAGUCAGUAGGGGCUGUUCUUUGAAUCAGUGUUGGUUCUUACAUUGGCUCUGAGGCCAAAUUAAAGGAGUGCUUGACAGGGCAAGGGCCUUAAGUUGGGUUUAUUUGAGAGUCUCUUCUAACCGAAUAAAUACGGUGCAUUUAAAAGGUGUUUUAUGGGUUAACGGUACAUGUUUCAGUAUCUUUAAUAAAUUUGAUGAGAGUUUGUGAUGUAACCUGUUGCCAAGGAAGGCCACUAGCAUCUUUUUUUAGCCUGGUGAAGAGGAAAAAGAAAUAAAUACAGUCUAAACAAAACCAGUCAAGGUGUCUCUGCUCACAUUUUUGAUGGAUCCUUCACAGGAGGCAUUUUGCCCUCUUGCAUUUCACUUUUGUUUAUAGUUUUCCUUUAGUAAAAGUAUUUGUAUUAUAUAUAUUAAAAGUUUUGACAACAUCGUAUAAAAAUAUAUAUUUUGGGAUUUAGUAUUUAAACAUACCACUCCUAUGGUGAAUACAAUGAAAUGGCUCCUAUUGUGUGUAAAAAUAAAUAUAUAUAUAUAUUCAUGGAAGUACUAUCAACUCUUAACAGAUUAUAUAAAUAAAUAAAUUGGAAUAGCAGUGUAUCUAACACAAGCUCACAAAUCAUGUUUUCCAGAGGAAAAAAAUGUAUACCUUCAAAGUUCUGUGACUGGAUGUGGAAACCCAUGUAGUUUUCCAACAACUCUUAAUUGCUUUUAAGUGUUCUCCAGCAUUUUACAGUUUCUGAGUUUGAUAUAGCAGUAAAUUUUGAUAAACUCAGGCAUACUAAUGGGUUCAUUUUAAUGGAUCCAAAGCUGCAGUGUCUACAAGCAAUAAAGAACUACCUAGAAUACACUGUAAUUCAAUUUUAGUGCUUGUUAAUUAGUUUAUGUAAGAAACCAUAAAUUAUUAUUACAUAACUGUAAUUUUUGCAAGUGCUAUUUUAAGCAGUUGAUGUGGAAUUGGGUGCAUGUGACACAGCCAGUAUGACAGAGUGCUAGAGUUAUUCUGUUUACAAUAAACAAUCUGAAUUUAA